UGUACACUUACAUAUAAGGAAUGAUCACCAUGGUAUUAUAACAAAGAAAACAAUGAAAAUAUAUAAAUGGUAACAUUACGUAGAUAUUAUGGAUCGUACGGCUACUGGAAUCUUCUGGACUAAGCUUUAGCUUAAACGCAUGAAACAACCCUAAUCCUUCAUACGGGUAUAAGUAUGUGCCAUUGCCUCAAAAGAUAACGCAGCCACACUAUAGGAAACAGAGCAAACAAUUGUGGAACAGAGAGAAGAAAACAAAGUGAAAAAAACGCUGAGGAGACGCCGGGAUGGAUCAAUCGCACUGCUCUGCACCAAAACAAAGGAACUGGCCCCGGAGAUGAUCGAACAACGCGAGUAGCUAGCCUGCAGUGCCCGUCGCAAGAAGAAUAGAGAUAUCGUCUUCGCCGGAGUGAUACCAAACUCGCCGUUGGGGCUGAUACGAGACCAAGCUGCUGCCAUCAAACAGUACCGUCGCCUAACACCAACCGAUGCUGGGGAGUUCACCACUCUUUAGAGGAGUUAUCCCAUUAUUUUAGUUAGAACUUGCUUCCACGCAAACCAGAGGGAGGAUUUUGAAGCGGGUAAAGAGGACCAGACCUGAACGGCGAAGCAGGAGAAGAGAAGCGAUUUUUGAAGGAGCGAUUUUUGAAGGAGCGAGAGCAAAAUCGGAGAGAAUAACCCUAGCCCAAAUCAAGACAGGAGUGCCUUAUUUCCGCAUCAAGCAGAGACCGAUUUGCUUGGCAUCGUGAAGCUUGGCGUUUGAUCUCACUAUUCUUCUUCAAUCUUCAUCAUCUCCUCCAGAUAUCAUUUAACUCAAGCUUCUCAACAAGAUAUGGAGGAGCAAUAUAAUACGAACAAUGAAGAUUCUGAUACAGAUAAAGAUGAAGAAGAAGAUAAUACCAGUCUAAUUAAGAGGACUAGCUAUGACAUGGAUCUACCUGAUGCUAAUAACAUAGGAGGAACAGUUAUUUCUCAAGUUCAUCGGAAGAAAAAAGUGUACAAAACUAAAACUCCUAGAGGUCCUACGCGGAAUCUUUAUAUGGCUAGAAUGAGACCGGGUGAGAGGAAAAGGGUAGAUUUUAACAUAAAGGGCCAACCUGUCGGUGUGAAUAGAGCUAGCUUGGCAAACUAUUGUGGUGCCCUUGUCCGAGAUCCUCUAAAUGCACCCCUUUAUAAUGUGAAAGACUUUUCAGAAAUCCCCAAAACGAAUAAAGACAGAAUGUGGCAGCUUAUUCUGGAAAAAUUUGAUAUUGGUCUUGAUGAUGUUGAAGAUGAAGAGCAUCGUGAAAAGUUAGAAAAAGAGCGACACAAAACUCUGAUGCGAUCAUUGAAUAAGAAAUACAGAAAUUAUAGAGCAAGGUUGAAAAGUACUUAUUAUGACACAGAAGAAACAGAUGCUGAACGAUUAAAAAAAGAGAAUAAGCCACCUCGUGUUGAGGAAAAAGACUGGAAGUGGCUUGUCCAGUACUUUGGGUCUCCUGACUUUCAGAAAAUGAGUAAACGAAAUCGUGAUAACCGUUCAUACUUAGAUGCUGGACACACUGCUGGUUCAAAGAGUUUUGCUCAAGUGGUAGAAGAGAUGUUUGAAACUGACCAUGUAAUGCCGGGCAUGCUACAAGUGUACAAGAAGACUCAUACUAGACGUGAUGAAACCCCGGUGACUAAUGUUGCAAAGGAAACUAUGUCACAAAUGGAGAAACUUGUAGAGCAACGUGAGAUAGGAGAAAUUAAUAUGACUGAUGAAGAAAUUUAUAAAACAGUCAAACGUAAAGGUAAAUCUGGGCGUGAUCGUGGCAUGGGAGUAAGUCCUUCUAUUACAUCACUGUUGGGAUCUAUUAGCGAAGGGGAGAAGUUGCGUAAAGAAGCCGAAGAGGCCAAGAAGCAGGCGAGUGAGGCUAAGAAAGAAGCAAAUGAAGCUAAUGAGAAAAAUAAAAUGCUGACUAAGGAGGUGAACAAUUUUAAAAAUGAAGUCCGAGUUAUGAAAGGUGUUAUGGAAAAAUUCUUCAACCUUAUGGGCAGUGAUUUUUCUAAGUUGAUUGCGAAAGAGGUUGGCAAGAAGCAUACUAAAGAGAGAAGCGAUGAUGGUUAUGAUGAUGAUGAGCAUGAUGGUUAUGAUGAUGAUGAGCAUGAUGAUGAUGACGAUGAUGAUGAGCAUGAUGGUUAUGAUAAUGAUGAUGAUAAUGAUGAUGAUGAUGAUGAUGAGGAGGAGGAGGAACAUGAUGAUUAUGAAUGAUCUCUCUAGGUUAAUGUGUUGUCAUUAAACUUUUAGAUCUAUGUUGUUUCAUCUUCAUUUUGUAUUAGAUCCAGUUAGUUUUGCUUCACACGGAUUUGAGAUAGAUUAGAUUGAACAAAUAGUUUAUGUAGUUAAGACAUUCGGUUAUUAAAUGAAUAUUCAUAUUGAUAUUCUGUGUUACAUUGUCAUGGAAGCAUUUGUUUAUUU